CACUUUCGCCUCACUAUUUAUCAGACAAAUCAAACAAUCAGUCAAGCAAUUAUUCAAACAGUCAACUAAACAACCAACUAAUCAACCAACCAACCAACCAACUCUCAUACACACAAUGCCUUCCUACGCAAUCACCGGCGCCUCCAAAGGCAUCGGCCGCGAAUUCGUCCGCCAACUCGCCCAAUCCCCCUCCAACACCGUCCUCGCCCUCGUCCGCGACCCCGAAUCCCCCGGCAUCAAAGCCCUCGCCCAAUCUCACUCGAACAUCCACAUCAUCAAGGCCGACACCACAGACCCUCAGUCCAUCCUCGCCGCCGCCGAACAAGCCUCUUCCAUCCUCGGCGGCAAGCUCGACGUCUUCAUCCACAACUCAAACUCCGUCGACCUCUCCACCUUUUCGCUUCCCCCUUCAAAGGUGCCCUUUGAUGUCGAGGCUACGAGGAAGUUUUAUGAGGAGCCCCUUAAAACGGCUGUUUAUGGCGGCGCGUGGGCGACGAAUGCCUUCUUGCCCCUGAUUGAAAAGGGGGACCUCAAGAAGAUUGCACACAUCACUAGCAGCAUGGCACAGCCGGAAGUCAUUCUUGGCGCUGGAGUUGAUUACGCUGUGGCCUAUUCCAUCGCAAAGGCCGGCCUGAAUGUUCAGGUUGCAAAGUACGCUGCUGAGCUUGCUCCCAAGGGCAUCAAGACUGUCGCUAUUUGCCCUGGCUGGGUUGAUACCCACGAAGGCCCAAAGCCUCCCCAGCUCGUCGAGGCGACUGAGGUAAUGCUCAACCAGUUCCGAAAGAUCGAGCCUGACUUGAAGGGACAAAUCACGGCCGAGGAAAGUGUUUCACAGCAGCUCAGAGUCAUUGACGCACUCGAUGCUGCGAGAAGCGGUACCACCAUCCGGGCUCGAUUCUUCGAGGGUUAA